CCAGCAUCAAAAGGUUGCCGAGAAGGAUGGUGUCGGCGCGAGAAGUGGCGCAGGUCGCGGUGUAUGGCGGCCCGCUCGAGAAGAAGGGGCGGACGGGGUGGAAAAGGAAAUUCUUUUACGUGACGACCACGCAGUGGAUCUACUUUGACUCGAUGGAUGCGGCGACGCCAACAUUUGCAAUCUCGGCGACUGAGAUCGUGUCCGUAGAGGAAUGCCAAGCAGGAUCGAACGGGACGUCUGGGGACUCGAGUCACAGUGCGCCGUCGUCGUCGUGCUCGAGCAAAGGGUUUGCCUUCAACGUGACCGUUGGAAAGAAGAAGACCGAAUUGCGUGCCGCUACCGAAGACGAUCGCGACGGAUGGAUAGGAGCACUCAUGCCGUACGUCGUAGACGCAUCUCCUCUAUCUUCGACGCAUGCGCACCACCCCAAGUCCCGCUCUCGCGCGGAAUUAUCCAAAGUUUCCGACUAUUUACGGCAACAAAUGGCAGUGCAGAAGAAAAAGGCAGCGUUCACAACCGAGGACGUCGUGCAAGCCUUGUCCAAGAAGUUCCCAGAUUUAAACGACUCUGACCUCGUGGCGUGGGGCGAGACCCUCGUGACUGCCCAGUUGCUCCUCGGUCCACCGACUGCAUUCAAGGACAAAUCGGCAUUGCUGCGGUUCCCGGACAAGACGGCCAAGAAACUUAGCACGCCCGAGCGGUCGAAACUGAGCGACCUCAUGAGCUCCCCCGACUUUGAUGCGAAAGCGUACGCUGAGUCAUUUCUCAAACGAAAUCCUCCCGACAAAAUUGACAUGCACUGCGACGUUCUCCUCGAUCAAAAGGACGUGAUCAUCCACGAGCUCAAGACAGAUAUCUGUGCAAACUACUCGACAUUUCUCGUCGCGUCGACCGAGAUCCGACAAAUGGAGAACAACGUAAGCCUCAUGCGCGCGGCACUGCUCGACUGCAAACGCGCGCUGCAGCUAUUGAAAGCAACGUCUCCAUUGCCUGCCGUUGGCACGCCACCUGUCGACGCCACCACGACACAGUCCCCGCAGGGUUCGUUUGGAACCUCCCAUGGACUUCCAGCCGCAGGAAGGGGAGCGUCGUCGACUAGCCAGACUCCGACGUCACCAGCACCCUUGCCAACCCUCCAACAGCAACAGAAACUGAACGACGCGCGAGAUGACCUUGCCCACAGCUUGGACAUGCACCUCUUUGAGCAAGACUACGACUCGUUCGCAGAUCUUGCAGUGAGCGCCAGGACCGACCCAGACUUGGCGGGCGUCGUGUCAUCGGCCGUCCAUCGCUUUGUCCGCCUCGUGACGACCGAGGGCGGCACCCACCACUUGCAUCGCGACCGGCAUGUGCUGCAUUUGCUGCAACUCGAUCAAGUCACGGCCGCCACGGCACUCUGUUUGACCGGAUAUGCACGGCGUAUGGUCGGCCAAGUGCAGUUGGUCAAACCCACGGGAAAUGUUUUGCAAUACGUGCUCGCGCUGUCCCGCGCCGUCUUCACGACGCUCCUCAUGUGCUACGAAGACUUUCUCGUUGUGUUCGAAGGCCACAAGAGUGGCCCGUUUGUCUCGUUCACCGUGUGGAUGACGGACCAGCUGAGCCAUUUUGCGGCCCAAGUGAGUUUACACGUGUUCGAGUGUGUCGAGCCGUCGCUUGCCGCAGUGUCGCGGGACGUGGCCGAGUUCAAAGCGUCAACGAAAUUGAUCGCAACGUCGUUGCGCCACAUCUUUUACGGCGCGCGUCAGCUUGAGCUCGCUGGAUUGCCCAUCGCGGCCUACCUGGCGCCGCACUUUCAGCACCCGUUGAUCCAGCACAUUCGAUCGUAUGCCAAGACGAUCAAGUGGCGAAACAAAGACGAAGUCAAGCGCGAGCGAUGGGACCUCGUCACGAUGAAGCUUCGCAGCGACGACAAGGACAAGGACAUCGCGCUGUGCAAGAGCGCGCGGGUCUUCUCCGGCUACGUCCAGCAGUUUGUGCGUGACAUGGCCAAACUCCUGCAUCCGUCGUGUGCGUCGUCGCAGUACGUCAAUCGAUGCAAGAGUGAUUUGUCUGCAUGAUCGACUUAGUGUGCCCGAGAUCCGCAUGACCAUCUUGUACGAAAGCGAACUCGUCGCCGUUCAAUACAUGCAAGACGUGAAAGCGGUCGUGGACAACCCGAAAACCACGAGCUCCAUCAAGUACGCCCAGGUAUAGCCGACCGCGAUCUCAAGAACUUCGUGGCGACGGCUCCACCGUACACGACGUAGGUGGCGAACAUGCUCGUGACGAUGCAGCACUUCGAAGCGAUUUUGUUUCCGAAGGUCGAAGAAGGACUCAGAGACGUGUUGCCGGCGUCCCUCGUCGAAAAAGCAGCGUUCGGGUCCAAGGUAACCCAGACAAUGCACGCUCGCAGCAAGCUGUCGAAGCAGUGGGAAAAUAACGCGAUGGAGUAGGUGCAUUCCGUCAGCGACGAAAUGGCACGCGCGGCGCUUGGCCGCUUGGCAAAAGCACUCGUGUAUAACAGCAUGCGGUGGCCAGAGCUAAAUUUGGGCUCGGAGUCGCUUCCGAAGGACGGUCCCGCCAUGUUUCUAACCAACGUACAACACGAUCUGUCCAUGAUACAGCCCGACCAACUGGAGCAAAUUGUGCGACACGAGGACGAAGCAGACGACGUCGUCGCCCGUCUGAUGCAGCUCAUGCUUGUCGAAAUUGCCGACGACGAUGCAACGUGGACAACGAAGACCAAAAUGAUGGGCAGCGGUGGGGCGAGUCAGUUUUUGGCCGAGAUUCGCAUGCUUUCCAAGGACGCCAAGACGAUCGACUUGGUUGAACAAAAGCUACGGCAGGCCAUCCACGGUUGCGGAAAGAAAGGUGUUGCGUUGGCAUCCGACGCGUGGUUCAACCAGUACGAAGUUGCUGUAGCCAAAACUUAAGGCGCCGUCAUGUUGGAAGUGUUUCGUUGGGUUGCCAAGAGUUUGUCAUCCCCGGCAGACCAAGCUCGCAUUCGGGAGCGCAGUGCGCUUUAUGCAAGCGUAGCUUCAAGGGCAUGUAUCGGAAAUGGUGAGCGCGAGCUAGCGUCAUCACGUCCGAGCCCUGCCUGCCAACAUCUUCCUUGACCACAUGCAUCACACCUUU